UCCGUGGGUCGCAUUACAGUCCCAUCCUCAGGGACCACAUCUGUAAGGACAUGAGCGCCCUGGUGGCCGCCCGGAUGCGUCACAUCCCGUUGGCUCCCGGCUCCGACUGGCGCGACCUGCCCAACAUGGAGGUUCUGCUGGCGGACGGAACCAGAACCAGGAAACUCAGAUACACCCACCACGACAGGAAGAACGGACGGAGCUCAACGGGGGCGAUGAGGGGGGUCUGCUCAUGUGCUGAGGGGAAGCCGUGUGACCCCGCAGACCGCCAGUUCAACACGCUGAUCCCGUGGUGUCUGCCCCACACCGGGAACCGCCACAACCAUUGGGCCGGGCUCUACGGGCGCCUGGAAUGGGACGGGUUCUUCAGCACCACCGUCACCAACCCCGAGCCCAUGGGGAAGCAGGGCCGCGUCCUUCACCCCGAACAACACCGCGUCGUCAGCGUCCGUGAAUGCGCCCGUUCCCAGGGCUUCCCCGACACCUACCGCCUCUUUGGGAACAUCCUGGACAAACACAGACAGGUGGGGAACGCGGUGCCGCCGCCCCUGGCCAAAGCUAUAGGGCUGGAGAUCAGAGCCUGCGUCAGGGCCAGGAUGAGGGAGGAGAGCGGAGCGGCUGGAGCCCCCCCAGGCCCAGAGAAGAUGGAGACGACAACAUCCGCGGCCUACUGAGGCCUACUGCGGCCUACUGAGGCCUACUGAGGCCUACCGAGGCCUACUGAGGCCUACUGCGGCCUACUGAGGCCUGUUGAAGCCUAUUGAGGCCUAAUGAAGCCUAUUGAGGCCUGAGGCCUACUGCGGCCUACUGAGGCCUACAAGGCCGCCCCACAGACACAUGCACUGAUUUACUUCAACCCCCCCCAUUCCCCCCCCGAAGAAAAACAAAAACCACCCGAUUUUAUUUGAAUUUCGCAUUUUCUUUCCCCUUUUUUCUGCUUUUUUUUGCGUUUUUUUGGGUUAUUUUUUACAUCAUUCUCUAUUCUUCUCCCCCCCCCUUAUCCGCCAUUAAACCCCCCGCUCUUUCCAUCACUUUAACCUGUUUUUAUGCCUAUCGAAGAGAACCGGCCGCUUUGUACAAGUGGGAAUUGAUACUUUAUGUAGUUUUUUAUAUGUUGUAAUAUUUCUUCAAAUAAAUCUCUCCUAUAAAUUAUAAA